GUGUUAUCUUUACCCAAUUUAGAUUCCAACGAGAGAGAGAGAGAGAGGCUUCCGAGAGGAUAGAACCCAAAACAAAACCCUCGCCUCCAUAUCAUUUAUUUGAAGAAAACAAGGAAGCACUUCAUACUCAUACCCAUGAAUUGAUUCGAAGCAGCGGGAGGAGGAGGAAGACGAGGAGUGAUUAUUAAUAGUAACUUCUUCUGGCGCCAUGAACUGUUUUUCAACUUCCUUCAAUGCCGUAACUUCCCACUCGCUCUGUUUCUCCAACCCCAACACCAUCAUUACCGACGCUACUUUUCGGAAUAAUGUCGCGGGAUUUGGAUUUCACACCUCUCUUCGUCCUACGCCCAUCUCCUGCCGCUCGCCUCAGAUGGGUUCCUUCUCCGAUUCCGAUUCCAUCGAUUUGAGGCAACCAAUACGCUCCUCUAUGUCUAUGCCUCCAUUUAGUGUUGCAAUGAGUGAUAAUACCCCGCAAAAGAAAUCGUAUAAAUGGCAAAGAGUAUUGCUUAAAGUAAGUGGAGAAGCACUUGCGGGAGAUCAAACACAAAACAUCGAUCCAAAGAUAACAAUGGCCAUUGCAAGAGAGGUUGCAUCUGUUACUCGGCUUGGUAUUGAGGUCGCUAUUGUAGUUGGUGGGGGGAAUAUCUUCAGGGGGGCCUCCUGGGUAGGUAGCAGCGAGCUUGAUCGAUCUUCUGCUGAUUAUAUUGGGAUGUUGGCAACAGUGAUGAAUGCAAUAUUUCUGCAAUCGACGAUGGAAAGCAUUGGCAUCCCGACUAGAGUCCAGACAGCUUUCCGCAUGUCAGAAGUGGCCGAACCGUACAUACGCAGACGGGCUGUAAGGCAUCUAGAGAAAGGAAGGGUUGUUAUUUUUGCAGCCGGAACUGGGAAUCCCUUCUUCACCACAGACACAGCUGCAGCGCUUCGGUGUGCUGAGAUUAAUGCUGAGGUUGUGCUGAAGGCAACAAAUGUUGAUGGAGUGUAUGACGACGAUCCGAGGCGCAAUCCUCAUGCUCACCUACUCGAUACUCUAACUUACCAAGACGUCAUUUCGAAGGAACUCUCCGUGAUGGAUUUGACUGCCAUUACUCUGUGCCAGGAGAACAACAUUCCAGUUGUGGUGUUUAACCUGAAUAAACCGGGCAACAUCGCUAAAGCCAUUAGAGGAGAGAAUGUAGGGACUUACAUUGGAGGAGAUCGCAGUUCUGCCAUGACCAAGGCUUGAUAAAAAAUUGUGAGUCUGCCUACAAGUUAUUAUCCUCUUUCAAAAUUUCUGGAAAUUGCAUAUUUUUAUACAUAUUAUAUACGACAGAAUUAGGAUUAAGCGCAGCCCCUUGUUCUGCACAAUGCAAUUCAUUUCUUCAUCUUCAGGAUCUUGGAAUUUCACAAAUUCUUGAAUUUUUGACACUCCAGAUUUUGUGAAUAUAUAUUAUUGAAUUUUAAGUUGA